GGCUGGUUCGCUCUCCUUGUCCGCGGUCGUGUCCCUGUGUUUCAUGAUAACACUCUCGGUCAGUUGGAGGGGUAACCUAUCUUCGGAGGUCGUGUUCACUGACAGUGAACCUCAGCAGCAAUAAUAAUGAAGUUCGUUCGGUUUAUCAUGAAAAACGCCGCCUUGGCCAGUGUGCCCAAACAUAUCGAACAUUUCUCCAAAUUUUCUCCUUCGCCGCUCUCCAUGAAGCAGUUUCUGGAUUUCGGUGAGUAUUCCUGCUGCUCCAUUUCAGACAUGUCAUUUCAGAGGGAGAUUACUCAAGUUUUCUACAUCUUCACAGACAUAUAGCGUGUUUAUUUGAUUGCAUAUCCCUAAAAUGACCAUGUAAUCCCGUUUAUCUGCAGUGUGGAGGUUUAGCUGCUGUAGCAUGGUGGUGCUCAUAGUGCAGAGGAUUGCAUCAGAUCUGUUAUAGCAGGACAGGGCUGUACUGUAGGGGCCCUGUGGAGACACUUACAGCUAAUAUUUCUGGAUAUUUCAUCUUACAGGCCUGCUGACGGAUUUAUUAUCAUGUUUUGUGCAGUUACUGGAGAGCAAGUCAACAUUUUAUCUGUAAAUGUUUGCUAAAAACAACAAAAAUGAGAUUUCUAGGAGGUUAAAAUGUAGAUGGCACUCAUUUCUUAGUGUUAAAAUGCUUUAUUAUGAUGGUCUAUAAUGGAAUUUUCACUCUGUUUGAUUAUUUAGUCCUAUUGUUUGACUCAUGUUUUCAAAAAUUAAAGAUAAGUUUAUAUUUUCAACCAGUCAGUAAAAAAAAAAGAGCCCAUAGAGUUGUAAAAGUAGAGUAAAGUAAGUAAGAUUCACAUAAUCAAUCAGAAGUAUCAGCAGUUAUUAGAUGAUCAAUAACAGGCUUUUAAAGGUUAGUAUAAUAACAAGUAAACACGUGAGAGAAGGACAAAAUCUAAUCCUGGUGUCUUGUUAUUGUUAUUUUUGCUCAGGUUCAAAAGAUAAAAUAAGAACUUGAAUUGAUAUUUUAUUAAUUUUGGCUUCUCUAGUGUUAAAUCAGCGUCUAGAUUUCUGUCCAGACAUCUUUAAUUAUGACAAUAAAUGAAAAUACAGGGUUAAUAUUGAGGUGUUUUACAAAGCAAUCCAUUAAACAUGAACAUUAUCAUUAUUUUAGACCCAUUUAAAUGUAAGAAACAUGCUCUUUCUCAGUUUUGGAUGGAUUUUUAAGCAAUAUAUAAAAAAUAAAUGCAUUAGAUUUCUCAAUAUGGCAUAACAUGACUCUAUUAUUGUAUUCAUCAUAAUAUAAUUUAUAUAUAUUAUAUAUAUAUUACCAGAGACUGUUUUAGUUGGAUAAAUUGUCAUGCAGGGUGGCUUGUCAUAUUUCUAUGCACACUUUGAAACAGAAAAACUGAGAUUUUUUUUGUUUUACUGCUUGAAAUGUGUUUCGGUAAAGUAGAUCAAACAUUUUCAGGUCUAAUUUCAACUCUUGUUCCUGAUCCAGGUUCCAUAAAUGCCUGUGAGAAGACCUCCUUUGUGUUUUUGCGGCAGGAGCUGCCUGUCCGACUGUCAAACAUCAUGAAGGAAAUUAACUUGUUGCCUAACAAACUCCUCACAACCUCGUCUGUGCAAAUGGUGCAGAGCUGGUAAGUCAGACCAGGAUUUGAUCCAAGUUAUGUAAUUCCUCAGAUAUGACCUGCACUUCUGAUUCAAGAAAACAAAGAGAGAGAAACUUUCCCUCUCUCUGUUAGCCUCUGUGCUAGCUCAUAAAAGCCAAAUUUGAUGGCAGACGUCCUCCCAUGAGCUCAUAGAAGUUGACCGUCACAGCUGUCGGCUUGUUUACUUCCAAUUUGUAGUACAGUUUGAGUUUCUCUGUGAUAGCGUCAGCCUCUAACUGCAUAAGCACCCUUUGACCAAGUUGUUCUCCUUCCAGCUGGCUCAGAGCGGGCUGAGGCUCUCAGCGCUGAACUUUACCCUAGUUUCUCCACUCGAGUCACAUGACCCUGUUUACUGGAGGGGCUGCACGUCUUCCCUUUUGUUGAGGAACGGCCUAAAUUACUCGUACGAGGAUUAAGAUGAAGCUUUUUUUAGACACAAACUCUCACCUGAAUGCCAGCUGAAUUCCUUCUCCUGCGUCACACAACAUUGUGUUCUGUUUAAACACGUCUGAUUGUUUGUUUUUAUUGCAGGUACAUUCAGAGUUUAAUGGAGAUCCUGGAAUUCCUGGACAAGAAUCCAGAUGAUCACAGAGUGCUGGGAGAGUGAGUUCCCGUUUUUCCUCGAUAGCAUCCUUCACAAGAUCCUUUUAACACACAGUUUUUCAUUUAAGACGCUCUUUUUUAAGGGAGUUUUUAAUGUCAGUGAAAAAGACUGAUAUUCAUAUUGAUGCCAUUUUGUGAAAAGGCAAACAAGACCAUCAGGGGAGCUUUAAAAGACAACUGUCAUCUGUUUAAAAGUCCUGAUUAUUCAAAAGUAGAUACCAACUCAAUCUCACACCCGAUAUUCCCAUUGAAGCUGUUUUCGCCCAAUUAAAGACUUGAAGAACUAGGGAUGGGAAUCGAGAACAGAGAACACUUUAUCUUAACGAUUCCUUUCUUCCUUGAAAAACAGUCUUGUAAGAGCCAGUCUGAGGGAAAGAAAACAGAGACUCUGGGGGGAAAAAACAUGCCGAAUGGUACGAAAAUUAGGCAGAAACAAAAAGUAUGGCUUCACUUUACCAAGGAAGACGACAACGGGUUUUGUGUGGAAGUUUUAAGUUUGUGCACCGUGGUCUAACUGAGUUAAAAGCGCAUAAAAAACACUCAACCCCACCCAAAACUCCGCCUCACGUAGUAGUGUUCUCUUUUUGGGGAUCCAGAAUAUAGUCCCACUAAUUUAACUUCAUACCGACCCAAGUAAUUGCUGUACAAAUAAUUUGUCAUUUGAUUAUUUUUAAGAAUAAGAAUUAAUAAAAUCUUACCAAUUCCUAUCCCUAUAAAGAACAUAAGUUUAGUUUGACAACGCUGAUGUCUCGUAAUUUUUGUUGACCGCGCUUUAUGUUCUUUUUUUUUGCAAUGAUACAAGUCGCAAAGAGUAUGUGUAAAUCGUUGGUGACUGUACGAGCGUUUCCAAGCUCCAAAAACCUCCAUGAACUGUGGGUGCUUCUUUGAAACAGCAGCGGCGUAUCACACAAAUAUACAGGAUCUAUUCUAUGCCUCAAGCAACUUUUUUAAAGGUUCUAGGAAAGCUGCAAUACUGACAUUUCCUGUUGUUUUAUUAACAGCCUGGUUUUCUGUGUUUCCAUCCUCUGCAGGUUUGUUGACGCCUUGGUCACCAUCAGAAACAGGCACAACGACGUCGUCCCGACCAUGGCCCAGGGAAUCAUCGAGUACAAAGAGGCUUUCCCCCAGGAUCCAGUCACGAACCAGAACAUCCAGUACUUUCUGGACCGCUUCUACAUGAGCCGGAUCUCCAUCCGAAUGCUCAUCAACCAGCACAGUGAGUCCCCCUCAGAGUCAGACUGAAGUUUGUCUACGCUCUCUCUCUCUCUCUCUCUCUCUCUCUCUCUCUCUCUCUCUCUCUCUCGCUGUGUGUCGUCUGCGGCGGUGUUUCUGUUUUACUGAUCUCGCCUCGCUCUCUGCGUCACCCGCUCGACACCCAGAGGGAACAAUAAGUCAAAACAUGUCGCCUCACGAACUUUAUUGUCACAUCAGUGACAAAUGAUUUCAUGUGGGAUGUUUUGUUCGCCUGGGGAGCAGCAGGAGUCAUGACAGGCUCCACAUCAUAAAACUCCUGUAUCAUUAUGCAGCAGUUGUUACCGAGUCAUCGAGACAUAAAAUCGGAUGCAGACUGAAGCUAAUGGGAUGUAAAAUAAGGAGUCUGUUUGUUGCUCCACCCUCCUUUUGUUGAAGAUGUAACAAAUUAAAUUAAACUCCUGAAUUUCAAUAUCCGUUUCUCUUGUCGUAUUGUGAUCGUCAGACGUACAAAGACAGUAGAUAUGAAAAAACUGAGAGAUGUAUUUCAGAUCAAAAACUUCUGGGUCUUAAUUUGAGACUCUUUUAAUCCUUUAAACUGGACUCUAUCUGUUUUCUGCAGCUCUUAUUUUUGAUGGAACCACAAACCCGGUUCACCCAAACACCAUCGGGAGCAUCGACCCGCACUGUCAAGUCGCAGAUGUAGUCCAAGGUACAAACUUCUACAUCUAAUUUGGAUUAAAUCAACAUAAAACUGUGUAUCAUUGUCAAUUAAUAAGUGUUUUUAAGUUGGAUUUGUCCUACAAUCAUGUCAUAACCAUGUAUUAUGAUCACCUUCAUAUAGAUGCCUACCACAGUGCCAAGAUGGUGUGUGACCAGUACUACCUCCGCUCCCCCGACCUCCUCCUCCAGGAGAUGAGCAGUAAGCCGACUUUGAUUUCAUCUUCCAGAGACAUUUUACUGGAAACUCCUGAAGUUCAACUGAAGUUUAAACAAGAGAAUUAAAUAAUGAUGAGAAACCAAACAGAGUCAGGGAGCACAGAGUGUGUACAUACAGUCCAGUGUUCAGCCAGGUGGACCUGAGAGCUCUCUAAUUAUAGCUCUGAAGCAGAAGAAGAAGUGCCUCAAUGAGCUCGGCUGGUUGCGUCAGACAAUAUUGACACACUGACUUUUUUUUUUUUCUACUCCGAACUGUCAGACAAUAAACCAGAAGAGAGGAGGCUGUUAGAUAACGAUGGAAAACAUCGACUUUAUGAGCAGGAAGGAGAUUAGAGACACACUUCCUCGAUUCCUCGUCCAUGACAGAGUUAAAGGGAUGUUCCGCUAAAACUAAUUCAGGGUCAAACACAGUGUAACACUGAGUUAGACACCUCCUUGAAAGAUGAAUGUCGCCGACCGCUUGCUUCUCUAGUUAUACCGACUUUAGUAACGACCGCAGGAUAGCAAUACACAGCGGUCUGAGGAGCCAUAAACAAACCUCAACCAAAACGCCACUCUAUAGCCACAAAUAAUGCUCAGAACAGCACCUAACUUCAUCAACAGGACAUAUAGGGUCCCAGCUACAGUCCUCAGGCCAGUCCAUUACGGACUGCUGCGGGGUUUCUCAGCUCAAGGAAGAACAUUUAGGAUCAGUGGUAGUUCUUCUGCCUUAGUGUCUCGGUCUGGUUGCAUUUCCAUUAAGAAAUGAUCAUAAAUGUUCCUCCUUAAGCUGCGAAACCCCGCUCACCUACGAGAGAGUAGGUGAGUUGUGUUUAGUGUUUAAUUUUACGCUGGAAUAUCCCUUGAACAAAGUGAAAGGACAGGAGGUAAACAGGAGCAGAGUUGUGUUGUUUGUGUGUCAAUAUUGGCGGAUAAUUAUCACUGCCGACAGGUAUGAACAUUUCUGCUGAGUAUGAUCCACCUGCAGGAAAAAAAGGAUCUCAGAGUGUUUAAAGCCUGUUUCUAAAAACUGUCUCAAUAAGAGUGAGAUUGAAAAUAUCAGAUAAUAUCCAAUCUAGUGCGUUUCUUAUUCCUGACCUGGUCUGAUCCAUGAGUGUUGAAGAAAAUCUGUCUGAAAUGAAGCGGCUGACACUAUUUUGACACUAUUUUUACUUCUGUCUUUGCAGGUAAUAAGAAGAACCUCCCAGUCAGCAUCGUGUAUGUGCCCUCUCACCUUUACCACAUGCUGUUCGAGCUCUUUAAGGUACGAAACUUCCUGUUUUUUUCAAUCCUAUUCUAAUUAAAGUGAUCAAUAAGUUUUUUUAACUGCUCGAUGCUUUCCUUCUGUCAGAACGCGAUGAGAGCAACGAUAGAAACCCACGACGACAGCAACAACCUUCCUCCAGUUCAGGUCCUGGUGUCUCUGGGAGGCGAGGACUUGUCAAUCAGGGUGAGCGGAAACAUCUUUUACUCUUCCUCGUAGGUUUUUUUUUGUUCCCUCAGGCCUUUGUUUGGUUUGUGAGUUUGUGUUUGUGAAGGUAACACAAACCCUCCCACUAUGAGGAGGACAAUAGAGCUGAACAGCCUGUAGGAGUGAGUGGAAGUGGGGUUGUGUUCUUACGUCUGUUAGCUCUCUGCGGACCAGUUCGACAAGUUUAAUGGAGCCUGUGAUGAUGAAGUUAUCGCGCUGGAUUAAACCUCCUCACUGCAGAUUCAGAUUAGCUUAAUGUUACAUAAGGUAAUGAUACGGCCUCACCCAGACGGCGGUUAGUCGUGGCUUUUAAAGCUAAUAGUUACACAGUCUUUUAUUGUUGUUUCCGCUCAGAUCGGCUCAACUCUUUAAGAAACACCUUCCCCCUUCAUUAACUGGAGAGCUUAUUAGCAGGCGGAGCGACUUGACUCUGAUAAGAUUAAAAACAAAGACUUUGUUCCCUCAUAAACCUGGUCCCAGAGCUCAUGUUUUACAACCACACUCUACUGAUAAACUUUUGUUGAACGUAAACUUCCACUGAUCAGCGUUUAUAUCCAGAAAGGAUUAGAUUUAUGUGUGUAGUCUGAAACUAAAAUGAGGAUUUAAAAAACCCAGAAAGUCCAUCAUGUCUGAGUUCAUCAGUUCUGCUCUGUUCCCUCAGGUUUUAUCAUAAGUCAUGAAUAUUCACAGGUUAUCUCGUUAAGUUCUGGAGUAAAACUGAACUGUGUUCUCUGAUGACCUUUUUUCUACGAUGGCAGCGUCUAUUUUUAAAACAAAACCAACACAGUUCAGCAUCUUCAGCGCCAUAUGGACAUGUCAUCUCCGAGGCGUCUGAUGCUGAGUUUGAAGUCUAUCAGCUGUAGCCGCCAUGUUGUAAAAGGUCUCACUCUUCCUCUACCUGACCGGAGGCAAAGAGGAGGUGAUGAGUCUAGUCAGCUGUCCUCUCUAACGCUGCAAAACUUUAAUAUCUUCAAAACAAAAAUUCACCUCCUGAAUGAACUUUUCAGUCUGAAACGAUUUGUUGAACACGUCUGUUUUUGCGCUGAUCGUGAACUUUUUUGAAUGAGUGUGUAUGUGGUUCUCUGCGCUUUUGCAGUCAGCCCCAAGUGGACACUUUUGGAACUGCAGUUUUUGGAAUUUGCUUAUUGGUUUAAUUCAAAACUGGAGGGUUAUUUUUGCAAAGAAAUCUGAAGUUUUACUUCAUUUCACCAAAGCGAAAAAUGAAAAGGAUGUAAAAUACAGUUUGAAACCUCCACAUUCAAGAACAACCGCAUUGUGCAUCAAAUUAAACCCUCUUUUAGCUGUCUUCAAAUGUCUGCAGUCCUCCUCCUCCAGUCGAAGCAGCUGGGGUCACACCCAAACUAUGCAACAAGUCCCAUCAGAGUUACAUAACUUAAAAGUAUUACAGUGUUGAAAUCAGAAGGAUUAUAGCGAGUUAGGCAAUGAAAUGAAGUGACACUACAGUACGUUUCCUCUAAAUGCAGGAUCAUCAUAUAACGAGUGAAAAAGGUGGACUAAAAAAAUGUUAUCUGGCAGUCGUCAGGCCCAGUGCUUCCCCUUUACAAUGCAUGAUGGGAUAGCUGUUGUAACUUCUUCUAGCAGAAACUGUAGCUGUUGUAGCUCCUGUUUGGUCUGUCUACUCAUAGUUUAGCUGUUUGUUUCAGAAAAACUCAGAAAGAAGGUAUUUCAGCAAAAAGAAUCAAUAUGAUGAAAAGUUAGCAGAGUUAGUUGAGAUAAAACAAAGUGACUAUUGGAUUCAGAUUCAUGAAACGGACACAAACAGGUCUUUAAAUGAGGAUUAAUGUCUGUUGAGGUCGGCUGGAGGUGUAAUUAAGCUGCGUUUGUGCAAAGAUGUUAAGUUUAAAGACUAAAACUCAUGACUCACUCCAAAGUAACAAGACCUCUGGAGCUAAAGAGACCACUUUAAGGGAUGUAAUUAAAGAAUAACAUGAUGGAAUAAGUACAGAGAGGAUGCUGAGGAGGAAAUCCAGGCUGUGAUUUAGAGGAUAAUCCAGGUUAUCGACCUUUUUAUUGCAGCCCAGAAUCAGCUUCUUCUUUUUCUGCUCUUGUCAAGUUUCAGUUUUUACAUGAGCAGGUUUAUCAUCACGAUAAGUCCAGUAAACACGGGGCCCCUCAGCUGCUUUUUUCCAGUCAAGGCCGGGUGUGGAUGACAGGCGGGCCCUCGUCCGCUCAGCACAUUUCAAGGACCUCUCAUGACUCUCUUUCUGUUUCUGCUGUCGUCUGCAGGUGAGCGACAAAGGAGGCGGUGUCCCCUUUCGGAGGAUCGAGAACCUUUUCAGCUACAUGUACUCCACCGCUCCGGCUCCUCAGAUCGGAGAGCACUCACGGCCUCCGCUGGUAUGUACAGGGACUGUUUUCGAGGUGCCAAGAUGUAAAUGAUUAUCCUGAUUUCACUCCUACUCAGCAGCUGCAGAGGCGCAUGUCAUUUGGUUUGUACAGACGCUACACUGCUCAUUUUGAUGCUUUCUGUUUCUCUAUAUGAAGAUUGAGGUUAAUAUUUCCUCAAAUGUAAUGAGCAAAACACCAAAUAGAAGAAAUGCAACAUGACAAAAGCCUCAUUUGUUCCGAGGAUGAGCUCUGUUUGAGUACAAAGCCUUUUAAACCCUCGAUCCUCUGCGUGUCUCUGCAGGCUGGCUUCGGCUACGGGCUGCCCAUCUCCCGACUCUACGCCAAGUACUUCCAGGGGGACCUGCAGCUCUACUCCAUGGAAGGCCACGGCACAGACGCCGUCAUCUAUUUGAAGGUGAGUCAGACGGAGUGAUCAGAGUCAAAUGCAACGAGAGCUAACACUCGAUUUUACCUGGAAGGGCUGAGGUUUUAAACACAAAUUUAGGUGUGAGGAUUUUCAUGAUUGCUUCUUGUCCUUAAAGGCGCUGUCCACAGACUCCAUCGAGAGGCUGCCAGUGUACAACAAAACCGCUCUGAAGAACUACAAAGUGAGCCAGGAGGCCGACGACUGGUGCAUACCCAGCAAAGAGCCUCUGGAUCUGAGCAACUACAAGGUGGCCAAGUGAGAGUCAAACAGGCCGACGACGUACGUUCAGUGACGCCUUUGGAUUAUGUGACUCCAGCUGAGGCAAGUGUGAGCUACAGACAGUUUUCUCCUGAGAAGAUCACCUCCAGACAAAAAAAAAAAAGACACCCUGUCCUUGACAUUUCAGUCUGGAUUUAGCGGUAGCAUGUUAUUUUCAUCCCUCGUCGUACUUUUGGGUUCAUCAUAAGAAAAUAGGAAGCAGCUACUAACAGAGAAUACUUGUUAAAACACCCGGGGGGACAUCUCAGAAGUUGCAGCAGCAGCGGGGAGUUUGUGUGCGAGGACAUGCAGACUGAAGAUGUGUGCAAGUAGAGAGAGGAGACAUCGAGCAUGAUUUGUGAUGUGGUUAAAAAAAAAGAGGGAGUAUGAGCGGACAGAUGCAAAGCAAAGGUGUUCAGACCAAAAGAGAGGCUGGAUGUUUGUGUGAUGCACAAACUCAGAUUUGCAAAAGUAUUUAUUAGCAGGAACUAAAAGUGCAUCACAAAUAGUCUGCCCAAACCUCAUUAAAAAAAGGAGCGUUUAAAAGUUUUUUCUUGUCUUGUUGAGGACAAACCCGACAAAGAUCUAAUUGUUAGUUUUGUUCUAGUCUGCAUCCUGAUGGUGUGAUUUCGGCGUCCUUUUCCGCAACUAAAUCUCAAUAAAAUCUGAUUUAUUUUGAGUUCAAACAACUGCAGUGAAUGAAAAUGCUGUUUAGACGGCACAGAGCAGCUCCCGUUCAUCAGAGCGUGACGGACAGGCGCCCUGCGGUUGAAACAGGACGCUGAUACUUGAUGUCCUGAUAUGGAGCUGUGCAGACUCUGUCCAAGUUCAAGAGGUCACCACAUCUGCAGCCGUCAGCCUCAAAAAGCUGCAAGUGACGGCUAAAUUAAUCUGGAGACACUUACAGGAGGUGUGUGCGCACUUUUAAUGAAUCCUUUGGUCUGGAAAAACACAUUUCACUCAGAUUAACAUAAGGAGAAAUUAUGUUUUUCUUUUGGUCUAAGCACAAAAAAGAGGUGUUAAAAUGUUCAAAUUAUAGGAAAGAUCCAAAGAACGGGUGUUUGAGGAGUGCCAUAUGGAGGUUUUCAGUGUAACAGGAGGGAGCCUGUUAUUAAAAGAGGACCAGAUUUUAUUAUCUGUAGGAAAUGUCACCCAAGCCUUACAGUAGCAACUUCACCCAAAGGCUCAUUUCAUAAAAAAUACUUGAACUACUAAAUCAAUCCUCGUGUUGCACCUUGUGAAAACUGAAGUACUGUAAAACUGAGAGGUGUGUAGAUUGGAACAAAUGUGUGGCUGAGUGUUUUUGUGCUUUCUGCAUGGAUAUGUGUCGGCAAUUUUUGAUGUUUCAGCCUUUAAAAAAAUGUAAUCCCAGUGUUGGCAGCGACUGAUAAGAUACAGUGUUAUCUUAGCAUCAGAUUCCUGGACCAGGCUGAAUGUAUUCUGCUCUUUUCUUUGCAUUAAUUUGCAUUAAAUACAAAGACGAAGAGUGUUGCAUUAUAGAAAGAACAAUGUAUAGGACCCGAGUUCUCUCUGAUGUACCAACAGAGCAUUUUCUACGCUUGUGCCGAGGUUUAACGCUUUUAGCUGAGUUCGGUGGAAGCCAGUGUUAUUAAACCCCAGAGGGCAGUGCAUGUCAUGUUUCAGUUCUCUAACGGUCUGUGAUCCAGUGAGGCGAAGGCCAGUCUCAGCUUUUUUAUUGUUAUUACACUGUGCCAUAGGAGGAGGAAAAAGCCCCGGGUCCAUGUGUGUUCAACACAAUUUUCUUUUGUAUUAAAUUUAUCUUCAUCAUACAGAGUGUGAGAGCUUAUUUUUAUAGCUUUAUAGUGACUGAAAUGAUUGUACAUACUGUAAAUACAAUAAAGACAAAAUAAAAGGAACAAAUUCAGUACAAA